AUGGCGAAUCAACAUCCAUACGUUGAACUCACGCGUAUUGAAAAAUUUUCUGCAUGUCAUCGACUUCAUAAUAACUUGUUAACUGCGAAAGAAAACAAAGACAUAUACGGGAAAUGCAAUAAUCCGAACGGUCAUGGCCAUAACUACACAUGGGAAAUUACAUUACGUGGACCAAUCGAUCCUCGAACAGGAAUGGUUUAUAAUUUAUCUGAACUUAAAAACGAAAUGAAUGAGGUGCUCGAUUUAGUGGAUCACAAGAAUUUGGAUCUUGAUGUGCCAUAUUUCACCGAUAACGUUAGUACAACUGAAAAUUUAGUUGUUUAUCUAUGGAGUGAAUUGAAAUGUCGGAUGAAAAAUCCAUCUCUACUCUACAAAUCCGUUCUCCAUGAAACCGAUAAAAAUAUUUUCGCGUAUCAAGGAUAA